GGUGGCGGCGGUGCUGGGUGGGGUCGAGCUCCAACUGGCCGCCGGGCUGCGAAAGAGUCUGCGAGCCGCUUGGCCUGGACUGGCCGAGGGCGUCUGCGUGUGCCCGCGCUGAGCUGCCGGCGCUGGCGGCUGCACUGCUCGCUGGAGGCGACGUCGGGCGGGUCUCGCCAGCAUGACCGAGCUGAGGCAGAGGGUGACCCACGAGCCGGAUGCACCUCCAGAGGACAAGGAAUCAGAGUCAGAAGCAAAGGUAGAUGGAGAGACCGCAUCAGACAGUGAGAGCCGGGCGGAAUCUGCUCCCCUGCCCACCUCUGCAGAUGACACCCCUGAGGUCCUCAACAGGGCCCUUUCCAAUUUGUCCUCAAGAUGGAAGAACUGGUGGGUGAGAGGCAUCCUGACUUUGGCCAUGAUUGCAUUUUUCUUCAUCAUCAUUUACCUGGGACCAAUGGUUUUAAUGGUAAUUGUGAUGUGUGUUCAGAUUAAGUGUUUCCACGAGAUAAUCACUAUUGGCUACAAUGUCUAUCACUCCUAUGACCUGCCCUGGUUCAGGACCCUCAGCUGGUACUUCCUACUGUGUGUAAACUACUUCUUCUAUGGGGAGACAGUGACGGAUUACUUCUUCACCCUGGUCCAGAGAGAGGAGCCUUUGCGGAUUCUCAGCAAAUACCACCGGUUCAUUUCCUUUACUCUCUAUCUAAUAGGAUUCUGCAUGUUUGUACUGAGUUUGGUCAAGAAGCAUUAUCGACUACAGUUCUACAUGUUUGGCUGGACCCAUGUGACGCUACUGAUUGUUGUAACGCAGUCACAUCUUGUUAUCCACAACUUGUUUGAAGGGAUGAUCUGGUUCAUUGUCCCCAUUUCUUGUGUGAUCUGUAAUGACAUCAUGGCCUAUAUGUUUGGCUUUUUCUUUGGUCGGACCCCUCUCAUCAAGCUCUCCCCCAAGAAGACCUGGGAAGGCUUUAUUGGGGGCUUCUUUGCUACUGUGGUGUUUGGCCUUCUGCUGUCCUAUGUGAUGUCUGGCUACAGAUGCUUCAUCUGCCCUGUGGAGUACAACAAUGACACCAACAGCUUCACUGUGGAUUGUGAACCUUCGGACCUGUUUCGCCUGCAGGAGUACAACAUUCCUGGGGUGAUCCAGUCCAUCAUAGGCUGGAAAAUAGUCCGGAUGUACCCCUUCCAGAUUCACAGCAUUGCCCUCUCCACCUUUGCCUCACUCAUCGGCCCCUUUGGAGGUUUCUUCGCAAGUGGAUUCAAACGGGCCUUUAAGAUCAAAGACUUUGCUAAUACCAUUCCUGGCCACGGAGGCAUUAUGGAUCGCUUUGACUGCCAGUAUCUGAUGGCUACCUUUGUCAAUGUGUACAUCGCCAGUUUCAUCAGGGGUCCUAACCCAAGCAAACUGAUUCAGCAGUUCCUGACCUUGCGGCCAGAUCAGCAGCUCCACAUCUUCAACACACUCAGGUCUCACCUGAUCGAGAAGGGGAUGCUGACAGCUGCCACGGAGGACGAGUAGGGACCACCCACGGCCAGGAGAGCAGGAGUAGGACUGAGCAAGGGGCAGGUCUCCAAGGCACGCCCAGCUGGUGUGACUUAGACAAUGAUGAGGCUUCAACUCACUGUUUUUUUUUUUUGGUAGGAUGCUUUUUAUUUGUGGGUUCAAAAAAAUCUGUAUAUACAGUAUAUUGUUUGUGAUUUGGGUUUUGAGUAAACUUCAGCUUUGAGUUGGAAAGAAGUCAUGGCAGUAAAACCAUUUGGGUUUUUUAAACAAACAAAAGUGUUUAACAGUCUGGAAGACAGUGUUGCCCAGCUCAGGAGUGUCUGCUUGGUGGUUCCAGCCUUUAUCAGUUGUACUGUUUCUGGGCUCAGUCAGACACAGACGUUCAUCUGUGUCCAACCAGUUCAGGGGCUCCCCAACCUGUUCUGGGGACACAGCUUGGAUGUCUUUUCUGAACUGGAGAGCUUUCACCUAGUGUUUCCUAGCAAUCCCUGCUUGGAGCUGUGGGAGGGUUGCCUUCUGUAGGCCAGAAGAAUGGAGGCUUAUUAAUCAGAUAAGCAUUCUAUCCAUGUGGACAUCUUGCAGAGUGUAAAUAAACUCUGCUUUAUGAUAUGGUUUUACCUUCCUUUAUCAUGAACUGAAAGAAGGUUUCAGUUUUUGUUUUUUUCAGAAAGCACGAAAAAUUAUUUAUAAUAGUCUGGAGAAAAACCACACUGUAAUAUUUCAAGUGUCUGCAGUAGAAUGUACUGUACCUGAGCCCUUGCCCCCAUGUGUAGGCCGCAGUAUCUUCUGUCAGCAGUCCAGCUAACUGUGUCUUUUCAGGGACAAUGUCGUUCAUGUCUGUGCUGUAGUCUUGCUGCUGCUGAAUCCUCCCCGGGGGCUUUCCCAUGAGGCAGGGAGCCAAGGGCUUCUCAUUCAUGCACCCUUUGCCUGAACACCCAUGUAGCUGCUGUGUUAUGUAUAUAUGACUUUUAAGGGCAGUGUGUGCUAUGUGUUUGUUUUAAAAGUCACUUAUUUUUUAUAGUAAUUUCGAUUGCACCAUGACUUCUUCACUGAAACCACAAAGACCUGCUUAAAACUAUGGAAAACGUAACCUGAUUAGAAGCUUGACUAUUUUGAAGAUUAAAUGCAUACUUUUAUAUAAUGUGACCGGUUUAAAUGUA